UACUACAAACAAAGUAAUAUUUGAUUAGUACCAAUUAUGUCUUUUUGGUCGCAUAAUUUUGUUUGUUUAAGAAGUAUUCUCGUCAAAUAUCAACAUAUAAUUGUUUUACACCUCACACGCUGUCGUUCAAAGCCCUAUUUACUGUUAGAUGUGCAAAUUAAUAUUUUAAAAAUAUAUAUUUUACGGAUAUCUGCUCAGGCAGAGGAUAAAUACAUAAGCGAAAUAGCUUAACAUUAUUUGAAGAAUUUAAUCUCGCACAUUGCAGUUUAUAAGUUAUUAUGCAACGAUUCGGGGACUUGACGCAGCAUGCCUCUACAUUUAUCAGGAUGCCACACGGAACCUAUCCGCCACACCCAUUCUUCCCUGCUCCAAUACCAAACCUUUCUUCACAGUAUCCUCACUCAUUUCCGACGAUGUCCAUAGCUGAAAGAUUAGCGGCUGAUCUAUUAUUUGAGGCAAGAUUUGGUCAGCAUAGAAAACAAAGACGAAGCCGAACAGCUUUUACAAACCAUCAGUUAGCAACUUUGGAAAAAACUUUUUCGAAAACACACUAUCCUGACGUUGUCAUGAGAGAAAGAUUGGCUAUGAUGACAAAUCUACCGGAAGCUAGAAUUCAGGUAUGGUUCAAAAAUCGCAGAGCUAAAUAUAGGAAGAAACAGAAAGGUCGUAGUACUGAUAACCCUGGUGAAAACGACAAAGAGAAAGUGAAAAGUGACAAUUUCAACGAUGAUAAACCAACAGAGGAACAAAUUAUUGACGUUGUAGAGGAAGAUUUUCUCAGUUCUGAUUCUCCAAAAAUAGAAUCUCAAACACCGGAAGAAAAAGGGGAAGAUACUAACCUUGAAGCGUUGAAACCAGAUGUUUUGAGCGACAGCAGCAAAGAUUGUGAUAUUGAAUUAACAGGAAAUAGAGAGAAAGCAGAAGAAAAUAAUGGUCAGCUGCAGUUACCUCCCUUUUCUGUGUUUAACUGGAACAAUCAUCUUCUUAAUAACACACUGUAUCACAAACAACUAGAACUACAACGGUCGGUCACAUACAGUUCAGCAUUUCCUCUGGCACCAAUGAUGACUCCUCAUUAUCCAUAUCAUCUAGGACCUCAUUUAGCGACGUCUACAUAUUUACCAUUAUCACAGGCAGAUAGUUUUAGAACUGCGCAUGCUAGCACACAUACCAGAGAAAUGGCGGGAGACUUUAGAAUUUCAGACAGAAUUUGACAAGUUCACACAUGUUUAAGGAAUCUCGACUAAUGGAAAAUAUUUCCUGUAAAAAUAUAGAUCGUA